UGACAAUAUACUUAAGGCAUAUAUGUAUUAUUAUAUUAUCAGUUAGGAUCGGAAAUAUUGACAAUAUUAUAGCACUGAUAACAUCAUAUUUAUUCAUUAUGUGCAUUCGUGACAAUUCUCUCAAUAAAAUCAGGAAUAUUAACUCACGUGUUAUAACAAGCUGUUUGAAGGUUAAAGCAAUGGACAACUUCUCCACCGCGGGUCGCACAAUCCCCACCAUCAAUGAAUUCGUUCCCCACCACUUAAGUUCACUUAUCAUCAUUCCAUUACUCUAUGCUUAAAAACAAAAGCCGUGGAACUCAUGAGAUAUGGCGGUGUCAAAUAGUGGGGGCCAUCUUCUCCCACCUUACCAAAGCAAAUGAAAAUGCCAUUCUAACAGUCCAUCCAUGCUUUAAAAUAUUCACAAUAUACGUGGAUGAAAGGUAAUUUUUUGACAGGAAAUUGUCAUUUGCAAAAAUUUUUCAACUGAUCAGUUAAUAUAAAUCAUCUACUAACAUGCCAAAUAUAAUAAAUGAUAUAAAAUUAGACUUUAAAGAUGUUCUGUUACGACCAAAAAGGAGUACAUUAAAAAGCAGAUCAGAUGUUGAUCUUUAUAGAGAAAUUACAUUUCGUAAUUCGAAGCAAACUUAUAGAGGCAUACCUGUAAUGGCUUCAAAUAUGGAUACAGUAGGAACAUUUGAGAUGGCAAGAGCCUUAUCUAAGCAUGGGCUUUUUACCACUAUUCAUAAAUAUUAUACAGCAGAUGAAUGGAAAGAUUUUGCUGCAGAAAACCCUGAAUGUUUAAAAAAUGUUGCUGCUAGUUCUGGUACAGGGAAUGAAGAUUUUGGAAGACUUUCAAGUAUAAUAGCUGCUGUACCACAACUUUCAUUUAUAUGUUUAGAUGUUGCUAAUGGAUAUUCACAACAUUUUGUUGAGUAUGUGAGAAAAGUGCGAUCUGAAUAUCCAAACCAUACUAUAAUUGCAGGGAAUGUUGUAACAGGAGAAAUGGUGGAAGAAUUAAUACUUUCGGGAGCUGAUGUUAUUAAAGUAGGAAUAGGUCCAGGUUCUGUGUGUACUACAAGAAUGAAAACAGGUGUUGGAUAUCCUCAGUUAAGUGCUGUGAUUGAAUGUGCGGAUGCUGCACAUGGUUUAAAAGGACAUAUAAUCUCUGAUGGAGGUUGUACUUGUCCAGGUGAUUUAGCAAAAGCUUUUGGCGCUGGUGCCGAUUUUGUCAUGGCUGGUGGUAUGUUUGCUGGUCAUGAUGAAUGUGAAGGUGAAAUCAUAAACAAAAAUGGAAAAAAAUAUAAAUUAUUUUAUGGUAUGGCUUCUAGUACAGCUAUGAAAAAACAUGCUGGUGGUGUUGCUGAAUAUAGGUCCUCGGAAGGAAAGACUGUGGAAGUACCCUAUAAGGGUUUAGUAGAAAAUACAGUUUUAGAUAUGUUAGGAGGUUUGCGGUCUGCAUGCGCGUAUACAGGUGCAGAAAGAUUACGUGAAUUACCGAGACGUGCUACGUUCAUUCGCUGUACGCAACAAUUAAAUCCUAUGUAUGGUCCACCAUGAGAAAUGUAAAAAUAUUUCUUAAAGAAUGUGUUGUAGUAUAAUUAUAGGCAAGAAGGCUUUUUGAUUAUUAAUUUUUGCAAUUACCAUGCAUUAUCUUUUUGCUGGCAAAUAAUUUAUACAUAAUAUAUAUAUAUAUAAACUUUAAUUUAAGUAUUAUAUUAUGAGCCUUUUAUUAAACUUAUAUUGUUUAUUAUGCUUAAAUGAAUCAGAUAAUAACAUGUCUAUGCACAAAUAAACAUUUUUUUGCAUGUAUAA